GCACGGAAAAAGUACUCGCAGCAAUCCCGGCUGGACUCGGUUGGCAGAAUGGCCCCACUGCAUCUGCUGCUCCACUGCGCCACCACCCUGCUGAUCGCCAACGCCCUGGUGCUAAGUCCCCAGCUGCUGGCUGCCGAGAAUGAGGGGAAGGCCAAAGUCGGAUUCCCCAUCGCCCUGGACGAGGAAGUAGACGGCGUCGACCUGCCGCUCGAGGUGGAGCAGGACGUGGCCGGGGAGCAGCCCGGAGCAGGCAGGGCCCAGCACUCGAUGCCCCCCGACUGGCUGACCUUCGACGACCCCGCCCCCGCCCCGCCAACCAAGCACCGCAGCAGCCACAAGCCGCAGAUCAUCCUCAAGCAUCCGACCGGCGGGUUCCACAAGCUCUCCUCCCACGGCCACCGCUCCUGCCACGUGGAGGUGGUUAGCAAGGUGCAGGGCAUCUGCCAGCCGAUGCCCAUCGGCAGCGCCUGUGUCUCCGACGACUACAUGGACCUCUACACCGACGCCAACUGCUCCACUCAGUAGAAGGGUUCCCCGAUUUCCAGAUUGAUUGAUUGAUUGCUUCAUGGAUUGGCGGUGUGUGUGUGUGUGUGGACUCAGAUUUUGUGCAGAGACGAGGGGAGGAGUACGACUACCUGGUGCGCGAUGUCUGCAAAGCUUGUAUAAAUAAACCAGUUCAAUAAAAUUUUA